UUACACCAUAGCUCUCCCUUGCCUUUUCUUGAACCAGUCUUUUUACUCCAACGCUUGCUUUGCCGUCUCUUUCUCCUUUCUAGUUUUCCUUCUCCUUUUCUUCUACAUUUUCCCAGAGAAAAAAAAAAACCCAAUAAGACUUUGUAGUGAUGGUUGAAUUGAUGCAUGUAACAGCAGCAGUGGUAAUCAUUGUUAUUUUUUUGAUCCUUUUGGUAGUGUUUAUACUUAAGUGGUGUCUUCAUAAAGAGAGUACUGAAGGUAAAGACAUGGUUGCUGAUCACCACUAUGUUUUCCGACGUGGGGUGUCGGCAAAGCCAUUGUUUAGUUGGUCUGAUCAUCCAUCUCUCAUCACAGAUGCAGUUGAAAAUGGAUGGUCUAGAUUUGGUUUCACACCCUACAACAUAUCAUCAUCAACAAGGUCAUCAAGCUUGUUGGGAUUAUGUGCAGCUGUUGAUUUUCUAAGAGGGAAUGAUGUUGAAUUAAGUUGGGAAGUAUGUCAAGGAUCAGCUGAUUUCAUGCAAAAGGUUAGGCUAAAAUCUGGGUCAUCCAUGGCUGCAGCAUCAUCAGCUGUUAUUAGAACAGCUUUGCCUUUACCAGGCCCACCUUUAGGGAACACUGCUUUUCCUCAAGAAGCUUAUUUUGAAAUCAAGAUUUUGUAUUGCCAUGGUGAUGAUGAUAGUGGGAAGCUCAAGGAAUUAGGUGAGAAAACAAAAUUGAUCCAUGAACAUCAAGAUUCCCACCAUGUUAUUAACAAGGUUGAUGAAUUAAAAUCUGCAACUAAAGAUGAUGGAAAAGGUGAAGAACAAGUGAUGUUAUCAAUGGGAUUAACAGCAGGUGGUUCUCUUCCUUCGAAGCUUCCUGGUACUUAUCCAGGUUCCAUUGGUUUCAAUUCAGAUGGUUCGGUCUUUCUUGACGGAAUUAAGCUUAUUUUCGAAUCCGAGAAAGAAGACUGGGGGAAACCAGGGAAAGUGAUAGGUUGCGGUUUCAAUCCGAAGCAAAAGAAAGUGUUUUUCACAUUAGACUCGGAGUUAGUACAUGUAAUAAACUGUAAGUCUGAGGAAUUCGGGACACCUCUAUAUCCGACACUAGCAGCAAACGAUGAUGUUUUGGUUCUAGUUAAUUUCGGACAAAGUGCAUUCGUUUACAGUCCGGCGAACGGGCAACGGACACCGAAUCCAUGCUUCAUUGGCCCUGUGGUGAAUUCCCCUGCUGCUGCAGCAGCUUUAGGGUACGAAGACAGCAAAGAGCUAUUUUCAAUGGGGAGAAUUGAUUCUCAAUGGCUUAAUAGAUGCACAAAUAAAGGCAGCCAUAAUAAUUAUGGGACAAAUUGUUCAACAAUGGAAUUUGAUGAAGAAUCUGAGGCUGAUUUGUUUGAAAUUGUAUUGGAUAAUCAUAAUGGAAGAUCCCCUAACUUAGUUUUGUAGCAUGUGAAACUGAGAUUUUGUUUGAUUUUUUUGGAAUGAGUGUGUGGGUUUUGGCGUUGAAAAUUGAACUUGUUUUAGUUGUAUAGUUUUUAAUUGGAGUUUGGUAGAUUGCAAAUGCUUCAAUUC